GAGCGCCCCGAGAGAGGAGCGCUCCCCACACCGUCCUCUAAUUCCCGAGCACACAGAGGCCGAUUUAGAACAGGGCGUCGAACGCCAUUACAAAAAGCUUGGAGAUAUCGAGAGAGAGGACAAAACGGGGUUGGGAAGAGUCGGGAAGAGCUGUGUGUAGAGAGAGGAAGAGGCCACUGGUUAGUGAGGAUCGAGUGGUAGCCUGGCGAUCGCCGGAGGGAUGACGACACCGGCGGCGGCCGCGGCGGCGCCGGAGGUCGCGGCGAGGGAUGCGGUGAUCGGGUGGUACCGCGGCGAGUUCGCGGCCGCGAACGCGGUGAUCGACGCGCUGUGCGGCCACCUGACGCAGAUCGGCGGCGGGGCCGAGUACGACGCCGUCUUCGCCGCGCUCCACCGCCGCCGCCUCAACUGGUUCCCCGUCCUCCACAUGCAGAAGUUCUACUCCGUUGCCGACGUCGCCGCGGAGCUACGCCGAGUCGCCGAGGCCCGCGCCGCGGCCUACUCCGAGGAGGAAGCCGCGUCCACGGUGAUCCACGAGCCCAUGGAAGAGCUCGUCGCCAUCGCCGUCGCCCCCGAGCCCGAGCCCGAGCCGGAGCACGAACACGAGCCGAUUCCGCAGGAUCCGGCAACAUCGGAAGUGCAGCCUCACGGCGCCGUCGAUGCGGACCAGGAGCCAGACGGGGAAGAUUCCUCCGGAGAUUCGUCAGAGCGGAAGGCCUCCACGGAAGACGACGCCGUUCCUGACGGACCAGAUCAUACCGAUCAAGGAUCUCAAGGCGAGCACAGCUUACCAGAGAGCUACCCCAUCUGCUCUGACCACGAGGAGUGCCUUGCCCGCCCUGAGAGGAUCAAGAUCCAGAAAGGUUUCAUGGCGAAGGAAUCCGUGAAGGGGCACAUGGUUAAUGUUGUGAAAGGGUUGAAGAUAUACGAAGACGUGUUCACAACAUCGGAGAUCAUGAAGGUUUCUGAUUUCAUCAACGAAAUUCGUCAGGCUGGGAGAAAUGGGGAACUUUCAGGCGAAACUUUCAUAUUCUUCAACAAGCAGAUGAAAGGGAACAAGAGGGAGAUCAUUCAGCUCGGUGUCCCCUUAUUUCAACACACCACAGAGGAAACCAAUUGUCAUAUUGAACCAAUCCCACUUGUUCUGCAGGCUGUCAUUGAUCACCUUGUUCUUUGGCGCUUAAUACCAGAAAGCAGGAAACCGAACAGUGUCAUCAUCAACUUCUUUGAUGAGGAUGAACAUUCGCAGCCCUACUUCAAGCCUCCCCAUCUCGACAACCCCAUUUCCACUCUCCUGCUGUCUGAAACCUCGAUGGCAUUUGGAAGGUCACUUGUCACCGACAGCAAUGGCAACUACAAGGGACCCCUCACACUCUCACUGAAGCAAGGGUCACUGCUAGUGAUGCGCGGGAACAGCGCGGACAUGGCCCGCCACGUCGUGUGCCCGUCGUCCAACCGGCGCGUGAGCAUCACGUUCGUGAGGGUGAGGCCUUCGACGCCGGUGGACCUCAGCCCUCUCCCGUCGCCCACCAAGGCCAUGACGCUCUGGCAGCCACCACCAACCGCGGCGUCUCCCGGCAUGCAGCAGAAACCGCCGAGUCACGGCGGCGCCGCGAUCAUCGGAUACGGCCCGGCGCCGCAGGCCAUGCUCGCCCCGGCGUGGGGCAUGGCCGUGCGGGCGGCGCCCGUGAUGAUGGUGGCGCCCGCGAGGCCCAUGGUGAUGGCACCCUCCAGCAACAUCAACAAGAGGAUGGGCCGCGGCGGCACCGGCGUGUUCCUGCCGUGGACGGUCGGGCCCAAGAGGUACAACAAGCACCUCCCGCCGCGCAUCCAGAAGCGCCGGUUCUCGGCGAUGAUGUCGCCCAUAGAGGCGCAGGGCUGAAACGCCGGGCCUUUUCGUCAUCUCGCCGCGGGGCGUAGUCUCGUUCGAUCUCGUAGGCCGUAUAUCUCCGGUUCGUGGAGCGGGCAUUUCUUCUUCUUUUCUUCUUCCGAUGGAGGCAAAAAGUUCGGAAACGCACGGGCAUGCAGUGUGUGUGUCUGCCCUCCCCUGUGUAUUUUGUUUGGUGACUCUCGUCGUUGUCGUCGUCAUCUUGCCAAGUGUUGCUGCUGUUUUUCUUUCUUGUUGGGUUUGGUCUGCCUGUAAUUUAGUUGAGUUUGUGGACUUGUGAGUAGCACAGGUCAAAGCGGUAGUAGAAAUAUGAUUAGGGAUAGGUGAGAUCAGAAUCAAUCAGACUUUUUUGUUUCCUUUUCUCAUGUGGUUCCGAGAAAGAAAUGGAUGGAUCGGUAUUGCCGUACAUGUUCGACUGAGUUUAAUUUCAGGUCUACAUUGAUGUAUGUAAACGAUGCAUUUUGUGUGGCUCA